CUUUUCUUCGUCGACGAGCAAGCACCCCACGCUUGGUCGAGCUCGCCGUCGGCCGUUGUCAGCCCUGCGUGGUUGUUCUCGGGCAAGUAUUGAAGAAAGUUCGAACCCCAGGGCUUUGUCUACUACCAAAAUCCGUGAAUGAAGUAACUGAACUCUUGGGUGCCUGCAAGUGAUUUAAAAUUGAAAAUUACACUAGAAUACUCUUUCCUAGCAAUUGAAGAAGUCAUCUGCCAUUACAUGCAGAUUCGAUGACUGUGGGAAAUUGCGUAGUUACGCUGACUGGAGAUGAAGCACUCUCUUGUUCUAAGGAUUUAGUUUACUCAAUUGUGAGUCUUUUACUGGGUGAUUGUAUGCUGAGAAUUGCGGGUUAUAUCUCAUAACUUGGCUUAUCAAUCUGGAAGCUAAAGAUAUUGACUUUAGAUUUCCAUAUCAUUGUGGACAGGAUUUUUUUUUUUUUUGGUAUCCAGUGACUGUCUGCUCAGUGGCAAUUUUGGUUUUUGGGGGGGGGGGGGUGGAAAGUGCAAUUCUGUUUGUAUGCCAUUGCUGCUUUUGAGUGAUGAUGGAGACUAUUGGUGAGCUUGAUAGAGAUUGUGUGAGUGAGCUUGUAAGAUGCUGGAAAUCGUGCUGGUAUAAUUAAGUUUCCACUGUGGUAGUUGUGGUUUAUUUUGGAGGGGACUGCAAAGUUAUACUAUCUUCCGUUCUCUUUAAUUGUUGUCCAGAAACAGCCCUUCAUAUUGGGGCACAGAUGUGGGACUUUGACCAAUUUCAAACUUGAUGAAGAUAACCCAAGACACCGUUCUUUCUCUGUUAGCAAAAUGCAAAAAUAUGAGUGAGUUGAAACGGUUGCAUGGGAUGAUGGUCACAACAUCAAUUAUCAAAAGUAUUAUCCCCUUAAGCAAGCUUAUUGAUUUCUGCAUAGAUUCUAAGUCUGGGGACAUAAAUUAUGCAGGAUUAUUGUUUCAACAUAUUGAUGUCCCUAGUGUUUACAUUUGGAACUCCGUGAUAAGAGGUUAUGCUAAUAGUUCCAAUCCAAGAGAGUCUAUACUUCUGUAUAGACAGAUGAUACAAAAUGGAUAUCCACCUGAUCAUUUUACCUUCCCCUUUGUACUCAAAGCAAGUUCAGCAAUUGCUGAUAAAAUUUUUGGAAAAAGCGUUCAUAACUGCAUGGUCAAAUCUGGGUUUGAAGAAGAUGCCUAUGCAGCAACUUGUUUACUCCAUAUGUAUGUGUCGUGUGCAGAUAUGAAAUCAGGGUUGAAAGUGUUUGAUAUUAUCCCCAAGUCAAAUGUGGUUGCUUGGACUUGUUUGAUUGCUGGUUAUGUUAAUAAUAAUCUCGCUUGUACAGCUAUACAGGUGUUUAAAGAGAUGGAUGAUUGGAGAGUAGAGCCUAAUGAAAUCACCAUGGUGAAUGUUUUGAUUGCUUGUGCUCGUAGUAGAGACAUAGAUACUGGGCGAAAGGUCCAUGAUUGGAUUCGUAAAGCUGGCUAUGAUCCCUUUAUGCCAAUGUCUAAUGGUAAUAUGAUUCUUGCAACUGCCAUACUCGAAAUGUAUGCCAAGUGUGGCAGCUUGAGGAUUGCAGGAGAUUUGUUCAAUAAAAUGCCUCGCAAAAAUAUUGUUGCUUGGAACAGUAUGAUCAGUGGCUACAACCAGUAUGGGAGGUACGGGGAGGCUUUAAAACUCUUCUUUGAUUUGUGGAAUGCUGGCUUUUGUCCAGAUAAGGCUACCUUUCUUAGUGUCCUGAGCGUUUGUGCCCAUCUGUGUGCACUAGCAUUGGGACAAUCUGUUCAUGCAUAUCUAUUGAAAUGCAGCAUGGCAACAGACAUUGCCAUUGCAACUGCUCUUCUAAACAUGUAUGCCAAAAGUGGAGAAUUAUCAAGUGCGCAAAAUAUUUUUAUUAGGUUGCAAAAGAAAGAUGUGGUGGUGUGGACUAGCAUGGUCAAUGGCUUAGCACUGCAUGGUUAUGGAAAUGAAGCAUUAAGCAUCUUCCAGAGAAUGCAAGCGGAUAGUACACUAGUCCCUGAUCAUAUAACUUAUAUUGGAGUUUUAUUUGCAUGUAGCCACAUGGGAUUGGUUGAAGAGGCUCAAAAGCAUUUUAAUUCAAUGACAAAGGUUUAUGGCAUAGUGCCUGAAAGAGAGCAUUAUGGUUGCGUGGUUGAUCUUUUGAGUCGAGCAGGUCAUUUCAGAGAGGUACAAAGGUUAAUUGAGACAAUGUCAAUAGAACCAAAUAUUGCCAUAUGGGGUUCUCUUUUAAAUGGCUGCCACAUACAUGAAAAUGUUGCGGUUGCUAACAAAGUGAAAGCACGCCUGACAGAGCUUGAACCAGGUAAAAGUGGAGUUCAUAUUCUUUUAUCUAAUAUUUACGCCAUGGCUGGUAGAUGGGAAGAGGUAAAUAUGACUAGGAAAGUGAUGAAGCAUAAAAAGGUUACGAAGACAGUUGGGCAUAGUUCGGUUGAAAUGAAGCUGCUACCUUCAUGACCAUCUGAAGAUUCAUUUGAUCUAUUUAAUCUCCAGAUGUUAGAAUUUGCAGAGUUGACCUUCUGCGUACUAAAAUGAGACGUGGCUUCAUGACGUCAGUGAUUUGGCUAUUAACCUUGUCGAAAUGUUAAUUGAUUUUAGUAGUUAUAGUAAAUCAUUUGGAAAUAAUUUGAAAAUAAUUCUGUUACUCGCCAGACAGCUAGGCCUGGCAAAUCAACAAGGGAAAAGUUUAAGGGCCCAUUUGGUAUAAUGAAAAUGGGAAGGGUGGAUAUGGAUAUGGAAAUGAAAUUGUGAAAAGUGUUUGUUUGAUA